AUGAUGGCACAAUAUUUCCAGUCUGAAUUCUACCAACAAUCACCAUCAACGUUAGAUGUGACACCGGAAGACGACGAGAUGAGCGUGUUGGACGACAAGAUCUUGGACCCAAGCUCCGAAGACCUUUCCAACCGCCGCGCCUCCUACGACGCUCCACCAGCCUACUCACAUCGCGAUUCCGUCUGGUCCAACUACUCAAAUACCUCCGGCCAGUCACAGUCAAAUUCGCAUUCGCAAGUCGGACACGCCAUGCUAAAUUCAACGGGUGCCUCGUUCAUCCCCGUCGAUGGCCCGCAGUUAUCUUCCUACCCCCAGGCAUCGUGGUCAAUGCCGCGCACAGAUUCAGGCUCAUGCACCCCGACCGUCAACUAUGAUAACUAUGCUGCCAAUGGAGACCAGAGUGCCAUCACUCCGUUCUCUGGCGGUGCGGUUGGACCCGUUGGCGCUAUGCCCGUAAACUCCAUGUCGUACCGCGGUAGCAUGGCCUUUGCGACUCCCGGAAGCGUCGCCAUGUCACCGCAAUCAAGCCAGGGCUGGAUGCCGGCGCCGAUGGACAUGGCUGAGGCAGAAAUGCACUCAAGAAAGAGCCCAAACUACCGGGUUGCUUUGCCGGCGCAUCGGGGGGAUGGGGUUCGGAAGAGGAAUUCCCGCAUUCCAAUCUCCCCCGAACUGAACUUGGACAACAUCGAUGAGGCGAUCAGGAAUUGCACCGACGAGGAGGAGAAAAAGAACCUCAAGGCUAUCAAACGACUACUGCGGAAUCGUUGUGCAGCGCUGCAUUCUCGGCAACGCAAGAAAAAGGAAGCCGAGGGCCACGUCGAGAAGAUCAAGGAACUGGAAGCAACGAUCAGCGAACUGAACGCAAGGAUCAAGCAACUGGACGCAAUGAUCGAGGCACUCAGAGAGGAAAUCCAGAACAUGCAGAGGGCAAGGGAAAACCUGGAGUACGAGAAUCGCCAGUUGAUUGACUACAACAUGCAGCUGGCAGAGCACAUCCAACGUCAGGACAUCGAGAAAGAUGAAAUUAUCAUCACACAUACGCGAGAGACAGCCAAUCUUUUAAAAAGAAACAGACAUCUGGAGGAGAGAAUUAAACAGCUUGAGCACGGCGCCAAGCUCGCUCAAGAAAGCCAGCCCGGCGACUUCACCAGCUUCGAGAACCCCAUGGAAAACCCCUCAUGGGACGGCUUCUCAAUGGCUGGACCUCCCUUGCAACCAGAUGGUAUCCAAACUCCCCGUUCUCAGGUUAGCCAGCAGGUCAAGGUCCCGGAGAAAUCCAACAACGGAUCAGACCUGCCGGUCAACUGGAAUGCCUUCUGCAUGUUCCUACUUCUGGGUGCCUUCUGCGCCUCAAACAGUACUUCCCUACUGGGCCGCUCCCUGCCCCAACUCUCUGAAGAGUACCGGGCCGAGUCAGCCAACGUGCUAAAAGCAGUACUAGCCUCGUCAUCCGGUCACGAGAUCACCCACCAACACUCCAUCAACCAUGGGACAACAACCGGACCUUCGCCGGCAACUAUCAGCGGCAUAGAGAUGGCGCAGAUGACCUCUGCACAACCCCUGCCAUCAAACUUAGACCAGCUGCACAACACGCUCGUGAUGCCGACAGAGGAGCAGGAGCGUGAUCAGGCUUUCUCGAUAAACGUCGACCAGUAUAACUCCCUGACGACGUUCGAGGAUCACAGCGGGGACUUCAAGUCACAGAAGCCAUCUACUCUGCAGCAGGCGUUUGCUGCGAUGCGCGAUACCACCGCGCAGCGGACUCGCAUGCACUCCGCUCUAUCUUCGGGUGUGCAUUCUCGAUCAUUGAUGUGGGACUGUGUGCCUGAGAAGGUUGUUCAGGACUUCCAACGUAUGGUGAAUAGUCAUGAUUACGAUACUUCCGUCAAGGUGGAGGGUAUUUUCUAUCCUUGA